AUGACAGCUCCAUCAUCUAUUGCAUCAAAUGAGCCAACAAUAACUUUUACGACAUUUGAUGCUAACAGUAAAUCACGAAUGCGCCGUCAAAAAGCAAAUACACGAGAACGAAAUCGUAUGCAUGGCUUAAAUCGUGCAUUGGAUAAAUUACGCCAACGUGUCCCAAUAACAACUCAACAUCAAAAACUUUCCAAAAUUGAAACAUUACGAUUAGCAAGAAAUUAUAUUGCUGCAUUGGAUCAUAUCUUGGAUAGUAAUAUACAACCAAGUGCUUUGGAAUAUGCAAAUAUGUUAAGUAAUGGAAUGAGUCAAACUACAACAAAUUUAAUAGCAACUUUACUUCAUGUACCACCUCGUUUACUUGCAUUAACUCAACAACAACAACAACAACAACAACAACAACAACAGCAACAACAACAGCAACAUCAACAACGACAACAACAUCAACAGCAACAACAACAACGUAGUAUGUAUUAUCAUCAGGAUCACCAAGCUUAUCUACACGAGGAUAAUCAUCCUGAGUACAAUCAUCAUAAUUUUGCAUCUAUCUUAUAUCCUGCUAAAUCAACAACUAAUCUUCCAGAAUGCAUUUCAUCACAUUUAAAUCAGUAUAACUUCAUGGAUGCUAUCAAUGUACAAAGCAUUGAAUCUAAUCAAUCGAUUCCGGUACAAAUAUCAACAACCUCUAAAUUUCAUUCAGCAUCAAAUAUUUCAACAAAUACCAUUAUGCCUUUAGUACCCAUUGGUUUUCACUGUAAAUAG